UUCAGGCGUCUUUUCGAGGGGUGCGCUCAGUCAGUGUUGGCGGGAGCUGAGCGAUCAGUCCGCGCUUUGCUGUCCGCCCUGGGCUGGCUCUGGUGUAGGGGCUUGCGGGCAGCGCUCCCCGCCUCGAGCCGGCAGGAUGAGGGUGGCUGUGGCCGGCUGCUGCCACGGCGAGCUGGACAAGAUCUAUGAGACGCUUGCGCUGGCGGAGAGGCGCGGCCCCGGGCCGAUAGAUCUUCUGCUGUGUUGCGGCGACUUCCAGGCGGUGCGCAACGAGGCCGACUUGCGUUGCAUGGCCGUCCCGCCCAAGUACCGCCACAUGCAGACCUUCUACAGGUAUUACUCUGGAGAGAAAAAGGCCCCAGUUCUCACAGUCUUCAUUGGGGGAAACCAUGAAGCCUCAAAUCAUUUGCAAGAGUUACCCUAUGGUGGCUGGGUGGCGCCAAACAUUUAUUAUUUAGGUUUGGCUGGUGUAGUAAAAUACCGAGGCGUAAGGAUUGGUGGCAUCUCUGGUAUCUUUAAAUCUCAUGACUAUCGAAAAGGUCAUUUUGAGUGCCCCCCUUAUAAUCCAGCUACAAUAAGGAGUAUAUAUCAUGUGAGAAAUAUUGAAGUCUAUAAAUUAAAACAGCUGAAGCAGCCUAUGGACAUAUUCUUAUCUCACGAUUGGCCAAGAAAGAUCUAUCAUUAUGGAAAUAAGCAGCAGCUUCUUAAGACAAAAUCUUUUUUCCGACAAGAAGUGGAAAAUAACACCUUGGGAAGUCCUGCUGCCUCAGAGCUCUUAGAGCACUUCAAGCCCACGUACUGGUUUUCCGCACACCUUCACGUGAAGUUUGCAGCCUUGAUGCAGCAUCAGGCCAAGGAUAAAGGACAGACAGCCAAAGCAACCAAAUUUUUAGCCUUGGACAAAUGCUUACCACAUAGAGACUUUCUUCAGGUAAUAGAAAUAGAACAUGACCCCAGUGCUCCUGAGUACUUAGAGUAUGAUAUUGAAUGGCUCACUGUUCUCAGGGCUACUGAUGAUCUUAUUAAUGUGACUGAGCGCCUCUGGAAUAUGCCUGAAAAUAAUGGCCUGCAUACAAGGUGGGAUUAUAGUGCAACAGAAGAAGCUAUGAACAAAGUAUUGGAAAUACUGAAUCAUGACCUCAAAGUUCCAUGUAACUUUAGCAUAACAGCUGCUUGUUAUGACCCUAGCAGGCCACAGACACAAAUGCAGUUGGUUCAUAGGAUCAAUCCUCAAACUACUGAGUUUUGUGCCCAACUUGGCAUCACUGACAUGAAUGUCAGGCUUCAGAAGGCCAAGGAAGAACAUCACUUGUGUGGUGAAUUUGAAGAGCAGGAUGACAUGGAGAGUAAUGACUCUGGAGAAGACCGUAGUGAAUAUAACACAGAUACAUCUGCCCUGUCCUCAAUUAAUCCAGAUGAAAUAAUGUUAGAUGAAGAAGAGGAAGAUGAAGAUAGUAUUGUAAGUACGCAUAGUGACAUGAAUACACCAUCUGUAGAACCUUCUGAUCAAGCUUCUGACUUCUCUGCAAGCUUCUCUGAUGUCAGGAUCUUGCCGGGUUCCAUGGUUGUAUCUUCUGAUGAUACAUUGGGUUCCCCAGAUGGCAGAGAGGGGAAACUUGGUGAGGCUCCGGAGUCAGAGGAUGGAAAUGACUUAGAGUUGCCAUCGAAGAGGCUGAGUGAUGAACAUGAACCUGAACAAAGAAAGAAAAUUAAGAGGAGGAAUCAAGCCAUCUAUGCUGCUGUGGAUGAUGAUGAUGCAGCAUAAGACAAUUUACUUUCUUAGUGUUAUAUGUAGAUAUGUGAUUUUUGAGACCAUAUUUUUAGAUUUGGAUUUUUGACUCAAGAUUUAACUUUGUAAUAAUGAAGUUACUUCAGAGAAUUUUAGUUAGGUAUUGACUUUGUCUUUAGUCCUUUGUAUAUUUCAGAUAAAAAUAUUAAAAUUUCAUAUAUUUACUUGAUCGAGUACCUUUUUUUUGAAGAUGUAUAUUGUUCACUUUCAUUUUUUCCAGCAAGCACUUACUGAAUACCUACUUUGUACCAGGAACUCUUCUGUAAAAUGGCACUAGAAAGACGAGUAGGACAGGGAUUUUUACCUUCAAGGAGUUACUACCACUGUGAAUAUUUUGGUGUAUAAAAUAUGGCAUAUUUAUAUUUUGUUUUGCAAAGUCAUUACUACAUGUGUAAUUUUGUAUGCUUUCUUUUUAUUUGUUAUAAAUAUUUUCCCUGGUGUGCUCUUAAUGUCUGUCAAAUAUAAUUGAAAUUGAAGAUGGUA